AACACGUUCCAUCGGACGGACGACGAGGACAGCCUAGUGGUCCCCACCGAGCAAUUGACGUGUCCGAGGAAGUGAUGGAAGGAUGGCACAAUGUGCUUGAAUGUCCCAUAAGCGAGCGGGUUCUAUAUUAAACUGGUCCGGUUACGGGUCGUUCGGUUGUCUAUCGUUCAGUCACUGGACUGUCUCCAGACGACCGGAUCGGUUGGACCAGCAGGAUAACGAGCGUUCGAUUCCUAUUCUUCUUCUUCAUUGUGUCGCUUCUGUACGGCCUACGGUACUCCGCGAAUCGAUCGUUGUUCGCUUGCCACGCCGGACGAUGAGCCGAUCGAGCGGUUUGCGAUCGCCUUGAAAAGCUGCAGGCCAAGAAAGCGACGCGGGAAAGCGGCGACGCUUCCGUGGGCGGGCAACGAAGCGCGACUGAAUGCUCGAUCGGCCAUCGAGAAGCAAGGAGAACCAGGACUCGAGGGACUCCUGGCGAUCGACUCGCUGCGUCGGAAGUGGCUCGCGGAGUGUGCGCGCUACGUGUAAAUCUUUGACGCUGAACGUUGGAGUACAGUUUAUACGGGAAGCUUGGAUAAAAUAGUAUCACUCGAUGAUGCUGAAGGGUGUAAUAUUGCUGCUUCUUCAUUUAUUUUGCGAUAUCGCAUUGGCAGCACAAUGCGGAAAAGUAUGGCUGACAGUCUCCUCAUUGUGGAGACCAAUCGCUGCCAGCGACAAGGUGGUCGACGCUGAGCUCGAAGUAAAUUGGGAUCUCGAUUGUCCAUCGGGCACAGGAUACCCAGAUACCAUCAAGGUGUUCACUGCUGACCCAGCACAUAAUAAAACGGUGAAGCCUAAGCUGACUUUGACUUCGCUGCAAUAUCCACGCGGUUACUAUCGAACGAAUAUCACCGUGGGUCGUCCACCACUUCCGGGUGGAUGGGAUACCAAGGAUGGCGCGACGCUUCCUGGUCCACAUUGCCUGAAACACCAUGCUGCCCUUUACAAGGAUGGAGUUAUCCUUACCAGUUCCUGCUUACAAAUCUGGCCAACAUGGAUGUACGACUUGAGGAGGCAAUUAGGAAGGCUUCCGAUAGGAAGUUUAAUGAUACCCGGAACGCAUAAUUCCGGAUGUUACAAGCACGGUGACCUGACGAGGCGGGACGCGUUUCAAAGAUACCUCUUGACACAGGAUCGCGAUAUAUGGACACAAUUAGUGCACGGUAUAAGAUAUCUAGACAUCAGGGUUGGUUAUUAUCCGUCAAUUCCGAACGGCACUGCCAUCGAAGAGGACAAUCACAUAAGCAGAUUCUGGAUCAAUCAUGAUGUCAUCCGGAUCACCCCUCUCUCGGCCAUCAUCAAAGACGUGAGAAACUUUCUGGACGUCGCUAGGGGAGAAGUGGUCAUCAUGGAUUUUCAUAGAUUUCCCGUGGGAUUUGAAGAUAGACCGAACAGGCAUUGUCGAUUGGCCAUGAUCCUCUUGCAAGAAUUCAAAGGCUUGAUUCUAAAACCCGAUAGAGGGGUCGAAGGUCUGGGUCCGACCUUGAAUGAUAUUUGGACCGGAGGGAAACGCUUGAUAAUUUGCUACGGCGACAAGCACACCGUUAAUGAAUACGACUGGCUGUGGCCAACGAUGUCUCAAGCCUGGGGCAAUCAACAAACGGUGGAAGGGCUGUUCAAAUAUUUGGAGAAAGUUAUCAUGGGUCCGAAGAAGUCCCGGAACAGUCAAAAUCCAUUGUGGGCGGUGAUGGCGGAAUUAACACCGUAUCCGCUAGACAUAAUCUUUAAUUUAUCCGGCGGACUGCGGCAGAUGGCCGACUCGGUGAACAGAAAUCUCACGUACAAAUUUCAAGAGGAAUGGUGGAAGGAAACGAACAUCGUCGCAACGGAUUUCUUCCUCGGAAAUAAUCUGAUCGACGUGUCGAUACAGGCGAACAUUAAAAAGAGCAACAUCGCCCAGUGGCGUUUGUAACGUGACAGUAAAUUCGCAUACUCUACGAAGAUUUCACUUUAAUUAGAUGCUAUUUUCUUGG